CGCGGCGCGGGGGUGCCCGGAGUCCCGCCCGCGCGGUCGCGCACACACCGGCGCUCACACGCGCGCACACGCCGAAGUGCACCCCGCUCUGGCUCGCAGCCAGCCGCUGAGGCUGCCCCGGCGCAGCGUGCAACAUGGCGCUGGUCCCCUGCCAGGUGCUGCGCGCCGCAAUCCUCCUGUCCUAUUGCUCCAUCCUGUGCAAUUACAAGGCCAUUGACAUGCCCGCGCAUCAGACCUAUGGAGGCAGCUGGAAAUUUCUGACCUUCAUAGACCUGGUUAUCCAGGCAGUCUUCUUUGGGAUAUGCGUCUUGACAGACCUGUCCAGUCUUCUGACUAAAGGAAAUGACAGUCAAGAACAAGAGAGGCAGCUGAAAAAGCUCAUUUCCCUCCGUGACUGGAUGAUGGCUGUUCUAGCUUUCCCUGUUGGAGUGUUCGUUGUGACGAUGUUUUGGAGCAUCUAUAUCUAUGACAGGGAGCUGGUUUACCCAAAGCUGCUUGAUAAUUUUAUACCAGCAUGGCUAAAUCAUGGAAUGCAUACAACAGUUUUGCCCUUUGUAUUAAUCGAGAUGAGAACAACACAUCAUCAGUAUCCCAGCAGGAGCUGUGGACUGGCGGCAGUGUGCACCUUUGCUGUUGGCUAUAUUUUAUGGGUGUGCUGGAUUCACCACGUCACGGGAGUGUGGGUGUACCCGCUUCUUGAACACCUCAGUCCAGGUGUCAAAGUAGUAUUUUUUGCAGCCGUUACUGUAAUAAUUAACAUGUUCUACUUGGUGGGAGAGGUCUUGAACAACUACAUCUGGGAUACCCAAAAAUGUAUUGAAGAAGGAAAAGAAAAGCCAAAAUUGGACUGAAAAAUAGAGGCAACAUGGAGCAUUGCUUAUGGCUUCACAGGAGAUUUCUCAUCACCAACAGAGGUUGGCCUGGAGAGGAGUCUUUUGGAAAGGAGGAAGUUUAAUAAGCAGUCUGCUCAGUACAAGGAUAUUUGGGGGUUUUAUAUGGAGGGAAAAUGAUUUUAGCUAAGAAUAAUAGCAGUGUUUCAACAUCAUUCCUAUUGCUCCAUUCUUGCAUGUGAUAUGCACAUAUAAGAUGUGUAUUUAUCUCCAUGGCACUCAUGUGCAUUCCUUGCAUCAAAUAAGUCAUUAAAUCAUGAAAUCAUUAAAUCUUUUCACUUCGAGCAAGAAGAACAGUGAGUCCAUCUGUAUUUCUUGGGAAAAGCUUAACCAGAUAGUUCUAAUGUGGGAAAACAAAACAAUAUAUAUUUUAAAAUACAAUGUAAAAACAUGGUAGAAGUUAAUUGCAUGAAUGUAUCCAAAGAAGAAUUCAAUCUGAUGGAAAUAUUAAUGUAACACUAUGUAACAGCUGCCUUAAAUCAGUGAUGUUAAUUUUUUGAGUCCAGUAAAAUCUUACUUGCAGUGUUAGACUAUCUGAAUAUGAUGCAAGUUUUCUGAAAUAGGCCUAAAUAAAGAUCAAAUUAUCCCAGCG